AUGGCCAGCAUAACCACGCAAACGAUAACAGAACCCGAAACAAUCUCUUUCAAAAAUGCCCAGAUCACAGUCGAGGAUAUCAUCCCAACUCCAGGAGAGCCCGAUAUUCCACUCCCUCCACCGUCAAAGAACCCCGUCGACAUCUUGGAUCUGGACAAAGGCACACCGGAUAACCAUGUACCUCGAGAUCCACGACUGAUUCGGCUGACGGGAGUUCAUCCAUUCAAUGUGGAGCCCCCAUUGACAGCAUUGUACAAAGAAGGGUUUCUCACAUCCCCGGAACUGUUCUAUGUUCGGAACCACGGGCCAGUGCCACAGGUCCGUGAUGAGGAUAUCCCGAAUUGGGAAAUUAGUAUAGAAGGGUUGGUGGAGAAGCCAUUAGUCCUGAACUUCCGCGAAGUGCUUCAGAAAUAUGACCAGAUCACCGCACCAAUCACACUCGUCUGUGCGGGCAACAGACGCAAAGAACAGAACACAGUCCGGAAGUCAAAGGGCUUCUCAUGGGGUGCGGCUGGUUUAUCGACGGCGCUAUUCACAGGGCCUAUGAUGGCGGAUAUUCUGCGCAGUGCAAAGCCACUUCGACAAGCAAAGUAUGUCUGCAUGGAGGGUGCUGAUAAACUGCCGAAUGGAUUCUACGGAACCUCGGUCAAAUUGAACUGGGCCAUGGACCCAAACCGAGGAAUCAUGUUGGCACAUAAGAUGAAUGGCGAAGACCUCCGGCCAGACCAUGGCCGUCCCUUGAGGGCAGUGGUGCCUGGUCAAAUCGGAGGCCGGAGCGUGAAGUGGCUAAAGAAGUUGAUUCUGACCGAUGCCCCAAGUGAUAACUGGUAUCAUAUCAAUGAUAAUCGAGUGCUCCCGACCAUGGUGACACCGGAGAUGUCCGCCGAGAAUCGCAAGUGGUGGACCGAUGAGCGAUAUGCCAUUUAUGAACUCAACGUGAAUUCGGUGGCUGUGUAUCCCCAACACGAGGAAGAAAUUGACCUGUCCACGGCGGGACCCACGUAUACAGUCAAAGGAUAUGCAUACGCCGGCGGUGGCCGGAGGAUAACAAAAGUUGAAGUUUCGCUAGACAGAGGCAAAUCAUGGCGCCUCUCUGAGAUCGAAUACGCAGAAGAUAAAUACCGCGACUUUGACGGCGAGCUGUUCGGCGGCAAGGUAGACAUGUGGUGGAGGGAGGCAUCUUUCUGUUGGUCUUUCUGGUCGUUGGACGUCCCAGUGGCAGACCUUGAGACCAGCGAUGCAAUUCUAGUUCGUGCAGUGGAUGAGGCAUUGAGCGCCAUGCCGCGUGACAUGUACUGGUCUGUCUUGGGCAUGAUGAAUAACCCAUGGUUCAGAGUGGCAAUCACGAAACAAGGGAAUACGUUGAAAUUUGAACAUCCCACACAUCCAGCCAAAGCAGGCGGGUGGAUGGAAAGAGUCAAGAAGACGGGUGGUGACUUGCUCAAUGGUAACUGGGGUGAAAGGGUUGAAGGCGAGGAGCCCUUCGAACCGGAGCCUGUGAAGGAGAUAAACAUGAAGAAAGAUGGCGUGAACAGACAAAUCGAUCUGCAAGAGUUAAAGGCUAAUAGCAGCAGCGAGAAACCCUGGUUUGUUGUUAAUGGCGAAGUAUAUGAUGGCACAGCCUUCCUCGAAGGCCAUCCUGGAGGAGCCAUCAGUAUUACAUCUUCUGCUGGUUUGGAUGUAUCGGAGGAUUUCCUUGCAAUCCACAGUGAAACUGCGAAGGCAAUGAUGCCGGAUUACCAUAUUGGCACAUUAGACAAGGCAUCCCUCGGAGCGCUGGAAGACGAUUCAACUGCUGGUUCUGAUGAGGCACGCGCAGUGUUCCUUCAGUCGCGGAAAUGGACAAAAGCCACCCUCACGGAGAAGAAGGAUGUAUCCUGGGAUACGCGUCUCUUCGUAUUCGACCUGGAACAUGAGAAGCAGACUCUCGGCCUACCGAUCGGCCAGCAUUUGAUGAUCAAAGUCCAAGAUCCAUCCAAUAACGAAGCGAUUAUCAGAUCCUAUACGCCCAUGUCAGACACAAACCUGAUAGGCAAGAUGGACUUCCCCCUAGGCUCAAAGAUCGACUGCAAGGGCCCAACAGGCCGGUUUGAAUAUCUCGGCAACGGCCGGGUUUCCAUCAGCGGUAAAGAGCGCCAUGUCCGCUCUUUCAAGAUGAUCUGUGGAGGAACUGGCAUCACACCAGUCUUCCAGGUUUUGCGAGCUGUUAUGCAAGACACGCAAGAUCCCACGACGUGUGUUGUGCUAGACGGAAACAGGCAGGAGGAAGAUAUCUUGUGUCGUUCUGACCUUGAUGCUUAUGUCGAGACCGAUUCUCGGAAAUGCACUGUCGUGCACACGUUGACUAAAGGGUCUGAUACGUGGACUGGUCGUCGGGGACGCAUUUCUAAGGAACUCCUCGCGGAGUACGCGGCUCCAGAAGAGCAGAGUAUGGUUCUGGUCUGUGGGCCUGGGCCUAUGGAGAAGUCUGCUCGCGAAAUUCUUCUUGCCCAAGGUUGGGCCGAGCCGGAUCUUCACUUCUUCUAG